UUCUCCCAUCAAAAAGUACACUGAGUACACGUCAGUGGAAAUUUGUGUGGAGAUAGUUGUUUGCCUGACGGUUCCCUGCUCCUGUUUUGCGGUUUUUAUACGAAUCCCCGCUGAAAUCAACACAGAAAAAUAGUCCAGCGGUCGAGGAGGAAGCCGCUCGCUGUCUAGUGUGUUAAGUUUGUAGUGAAAAUUAGAUCAAUAUGACGCGGAUAUCACUGCUUCCAGCCGGAAGCACCAUUACUUUACUAUUACUUCUAUCAUUAUUAAAUAUUUUCCAAAUAUCUCAUGGAGCCGCCGUGAUGUCUAUAGAUUUGGGUAGUGAAUGGGUGAAAGUGGGCGUGGUCUCACCGGGAGUGCCAAUGGAAAUUGCUUUGAACAAAGAGUCAAAGAGGAAAACACCAAGUAUUCUCGCAUUCCGCGAUGGUGUUCGCACAUUCGGUGAGGAUGCAGCUUCGAUAGGAGUCAGAUUCCCAGCGAACGCGUACUUUUAUUUGACGGAUUUAUUGGGAAAGACGGUGGAUAAUCCAAUUGUGCAGUUGUACAGAAACCGAUUCCCCUACUACGACAUUGUGCCGGAUGAGGAGAGGAAUACUGUGGUCUUUAAGAGUGGCGACGAUCUAUAUAAAGUUGAAGAGCUGGUCGCGCAAAUCUUGUUGAAAGCUAAAGAGUUUGCAGAGGACUCAACAGGUCAACAAAUCACUGAAUGCGUUAUAAUCGUUCCUGGCUUCUUCGGACAGUCAGAGCGUGCCGCUGUCAUUACCGCCGCCCAACUGGCUAAUGUUAAGGUGCUUCAACUGAUCAACGACUACACAGCCGUUGCCCUGAAUUUCGGUGUUUUCCGCCGCGGUCAAAUCAAUGAAACCGCUCAGUAUUAUAUUUUCUACGAUAUGGGUGCCCAGAAAACUUCAGCAGCCGUGGUAAGCUAUCAACUUGUGAAGGACAAAGCCACUCGCGAGACCAACCCAGUUAUCCAGAUUUUGGGUGUCGGUUACGAUCGUACUUUGGGCGGGUUGGAUAUUCAAUUGCGACUGCGUGACUUCCUCGCCAAAGAAUUCAAUAAAAUGGGAAAGACCAAAACAGAUGUCACCAAGAAUCCACGAGCUCUGGCGAAGCUUUUUAAGGAGGCUGGACGUCUGAAGAACGUGCUGAGUGCGAAUGCUGACCAUUAUGCGCAGAUUGAGAAUUUGAUCGAAGAUCAUGAUUUCAGGUUGCAAGUUACAAGAGAACAAUUGAAUGAGUUAUGCUCGGAUCUUUGGCCCAGAGUGCAGAAGCCUUUGGAGCAAGCCCUGAAAAUGGCUGGACUGUCAAUGGAUGUGAUUGAACAAGUGAUUCUGUUUGGAGGCGGCACCAGAGUGCCAAAGGUUCAGGAGAUAUUGAAGGGUGUGAUAAAGCAAGAUCUUGGGAAGAGUUUGAAUGCUGACGAAGCGGCAACUAUGGGUGCUGUCUACCGAGCUGCUGACUUGGCUACGGGCUUUAAGGUUAAGAAAUUCAUCAUCAAGGAUGCAGUGUUAUUCCCAAUCCAGGUGGUGUUUGAACGCGAACUGGGUGAAGGAGGGGAUGUAAAGCAAGUUCGUAGGAUUUUGUUCGGGCAAAUGAACGCCUACCCUCAGAAGAAGGUUAUUACUUUCAACAAGCAUACCGACGAUUUCACUUUCAAUGUAAACUACGCCGAUUUGAACCAUCUGAGCCCUCAGGAAGUAGCUAACAUCGGUAAGUUGAAUUUAUCGCAUGUGGAAUUGAAGAAUGUGGCGAAAGCUUUCGAGAAACAUAAGGGCGAAAAUGUAGAGUCGAAAGGAAUCAAGGCUCACUUUUUCAUGGGCGAUUCCGGCUUAUUUGAUCUGACUGGCGUAGAGUUUGUUUUUGAGAAACAAAAAGUCGGCGAUGACUCUGAUGAUGAGAGCACUCUAUCAAAGUUGGGAAGCACAAUCAGUAAGCUCUUCUCAGGUGAGAAAUCUGAAACAAAGGAGGAGGCUAAUAAGACCCAAGAGGCGACAGAGAAUGUAAAUAAGACCGACACGCAGUCAAAUACAACACAAUCUGCGGAAGCACCUAAAAACGAGACGGUCAAACUUGUUACAAUCAAAGAGCCAGUUGAAUACAAUUCCAGGUAUUUGUACACCCCACCUUUGACCGGAUCGUCCUUCGAUAAAUCCCAAACGAAAGUAGAGGAAAUAACUAAAAUCGAGAGGGAACGUACCAGACGUGAAUCCGCUCUGAACGCUCUUGAAUCGCAUGUAAUCGAUGCUCGUGAAAAACUGAGUAACGAAGAAUACUCCAAUUGUGCGACACCAGAAGAAAUUGAGAAAAUCCUAGCUGAGUGUACGGUCAUCUCGGAUUGGUUGUACGAGGACGGAGAGGAUGCCGAUGCUGAGGCUUACGAAAAGCGGUUGAAUGAACUUCGAGUUCUUACCAAUGAGGUUUAUGCUCGUCACUGGGAGCACCAAGAACGUCCCGAAGCCCUCAAAGCACUUACCGAAAUGAUCUCCGGAGCAGAGAAAUUCCUCGUCUCAGCCAUGAAUCUUACAAAAGACACAAACCCUGAAAAGGAUGUUUUCACUCAAGUUGAAAUCGACACUCUUAGCCGAGUCAUUACAGAAACCAUCGAUUGGCAAAAGACGGAAACAGAGGAACAGGAGAAGUUGAAGCCGAACGAAGCUGUCCGUCUCACAGUAAAAUCCAUAACCGACAAAAUGGCACUGCUGGAUCGCGAAGUCAAGUAUUUGGUCAACAAAAUCAAGUACUGGCGACCGAAGAAGCCUGCGAAGAAAGCCAAGGGCGAAAAAGCUGACAAUACCACAGCAGAUACAGAGGGGCCGGGAAGUGGUUCUGAAGCGUCCCCUGAAGGUGACCAAUCGCCACCAACGCAGGAAGAACCACCACUCGAUGUCGAUGAAACUCCGUUUGUGACGGAACCUAGCAGCGAAGAGGCGAAAACUCCGCAUGGAGAACUUUAAAAUUAGCAGAGAGUAAAAGGCUAGGCACAAUUUCUUUUCUAGACAUAGAAAUCAGAGGAGGAAAUUAAGAAAUUUUUUUAUCAUGCAAAUUAAAUUAUUUGAAGGAGAUCCAGAAAAAAAUCGUUUAUACAAAAUAAUUAUAUUAAAAUAAGAACGUGGCGAAGAAAUAGUUUGGUUGGAAGAGAGAAUUUGAGUGCAAGCGCUGGCUAUCCGUUGCAGGCUAGACACCGGAGAUAGAGAUGAAAACACGAGCAUCAUUGGGGCUCGUGAAACAUGAACAAUUUUAGAUAUUCCGGAAGUCAUUUGUAGUGAUAACGAGUUGUCGGGACCUCGGUCGUUUUCAAAGCAGUUUCCUUGUACGUAGAUCUAUUCAAUUAUUCCUGCUUUCUCUCUCUCUCUUUCGUUCUUUGACCUCCAAUCUUUGUUGUCCAAGCUUAUACUUAAGUCUCUUUUGUUUCGUAGAUUACUCACUCAUUCCGCUGGACCGUGCCGUACCGAUUGUAAUGUUUUUUUUUGUUUUAUUAUUUAUUAUGCUUUAAUUAUCGACUGUUAGUCGUUACUUUGGCGUCUUGACGGAGGUAUUUUUCUGCUUUCGGACGGGUGAAGAGUUAACAGUAGACGCGGUAAAAUAAAUGAGUAUAUUCCAGUUCAAGUUUUUUUUUCUAUUUUUUAGAUUUACCUUAAUUUUCGUCUUAUUCAUAGAAUUGAGGAGAAUAAAUGAAUAAAAAUUAUUUAUAUGGCGUUAUAAUAACGACUUGAUGAGAAAUAAAUGUAAUGAUAAAUUAGAAACGAUUUGGA